AUGUCCCUCGAAUCCCACACCCAACAACUCACUCAAUCCCUCGCCCAAGCCAGCCUCACACCCGGCUUACUACCCUUCCUCCCCCAGGACUUCAACCCCACUACCCAGCUUGACGUCUCCUUCAACGACAGGCCCGUCUCCUUUGGGAAUCUUCUCCGCGCAGGCGAAUGCAAGACAGCCCCAACCGUAUCCUUUUCCAAAGAGAACGAUUCAGCCUCUUCGACAAGCUACACACUCCUCCUGGUUGACCCCGAUGCCCCGACACCCGACGACCCCAAAUUCGCCUUCUGGAGACACUGGGUCGUCUCGGGAUUGAAGGCCGGGCAGGCGAACGGGGGCACCGCGUUGACGGAGUAUCUGGGGCCUGGGCCGAAGGAUGAUUCCCGGCCGCACCGGUAUCUGUUCCUGCUAUUCAGAGAGCCGGCGGGUUUCGCGCUGGCGAAGGAGGAUGUCGGCGGGGAGGGGUUUACUGCGAGGCGGUCGUUUCAGGUGGCAGAAUGGGUUGAGAGGCAUGGGUUGGAGUUGGUUGGGGUGAAUUGGAUGCUUGGGGCUGGGGAUGGGUGGAAGGAGUAA